AUGGAAAGUUCCGGGUACAGGGGUGUGCAGAGGAGCUGGAGGAAGUGGGUGGCGGAGAUCAGGGAGCGCCGAGCGCACGCCAAGUGGCUCGGCACCUUCGCCACCGCCGAGGACGCCGCCCGCGCCUACGACCGCGCCGCGCUCGUCCUCUACGGGCCCCGCGCCCACCUCAACCUCCAGAUUAUCGCUCCUCCAUCUUCCUCCUCCUCUAAUUCCUCCACUUCCUUCUCCCCAUCCCCAUCUUCCUCUUCUUCUCCUUCUACUGUUGUUGGUGCUUCUACUACUAGUGCUUCGUCUUCUUCGCCGUCGUCGUACUCGGCAUCCUCAUCUUCGUCUUCUACGCUUCGCCCCAUCUUACCGCGCCCUUCGGGGUUCCCUUUCCAACUCUUCCAUCCACCACCACCACCCACUAAUCCCACUUACACUACCAAUAUUAAUCCCAUCAUCUUAUAUCCCCACCCCAGUACUGCGACCAUAAGUGGUAACCCUGUUACUGCAAACCCUAUUUUCCCACAUGCAGUAACCGCCGCAGCCGAGACGCCGCCGCCGCCGCCGCAGGAGCCGUCCUACGUGGCCGGGGUGAACUGCGAGGAGAUCACUUCUCUAGCGGGCUCGGUGAGCUCGAGCCUCUCGCUCUCGUGCGCGGCGUCGCCGGUUUGGGGUUACGACGAUUACGCGGCUGCGGCGGCGUCGUGCUUGUGGGAUGAUGCGGAUCCGUUCCUCUUUGAUCUCUAA